AUGGCUAUCAAUCGAAUGACUGAUUUACUGACUCGCUUGGUUGACCAGCAGGGCCAAGUACCUGAUAACCAACAAAGGGACCCUGAGGUAGGUGAGGAUAGGGCUCUGGAGAGGUUUCAAAAGUUUGCUUCUCCAAAAUUUCUCGGAGGACCUGAACCUGAAGUUGCCGAGAAUUGGUUCGAGCGAAUGGAGGAUAUAUUCGCUGCGUUACAUUAUACUGAAGAGAGGGAAUUCAAUGAGAAGUUCCUUCCGCCCUUAAUCCAGGAAAAAAGGGAGGACGAGUUUAUCAAGCUGCGUCAAGGUACUUCAAGUGUAGCAGAAUAUGAGACUCAGUUCACUCGACUCUCCAAGUUUGCUCUAGAAUUGGUGGUUAGUGAACAAAAACGCAUAAGGCGGUUUAUACAAGGCUUGAAUGUGAAAAUUCAAAAGGAUCUUGCCGCUGCCCAAAUCGAUACCUUUAAAGAUGCACUUGACAAAGCUCAACGAGUGGAGCAGGCUCGACUUCAAGUUCGGACCUUUCAUGCCAAGAAACGAGAUGCAUCUAGUGGUACUUCUGGACGAGGUGAUCAGAAUGUACCAUCUUCUAAGUUUGGAAGAGGUGCAGGUGGAGUCCGAAUUGGUGGGACACAAAAAGGAGGAGCUCCAUCUAGAGGGGCUCCAAGUGGAAAAGGACAAGGGCAACCUAGGACCAUCUCCCAGGGAGUUCCUACACCAACUCUUUGUACGAGCUGUGGAUAUUGUGGUAAGAGAAACCACAUCGAGGACGCUUGUUGGCAAAAGUUGAAGAAGUGCCUCCGUUGUGGUAGUUCCGAACAUCAGUUUGCCGGAUGUCCUGUUAAGAACCGUGAGGGAAACGGGGUUACCCAGUCGGAGAAGUCAAACCCUAAACAACCAACUGCUAGUGGGAGUAGACCAAAAUCCUCGGCUAGGGUUUUUGCCUUGGACUAUCAGCGAGCCCCUGAGUUCUCUGAAGUGGUAGAAGGUACGAUCCCUGUAUUCCACCGCUUAGCUAAGCUUUUAAUUGACCCGGAGGCAACCCAUUCUUUUGUGAAUCCUGCCUUUAUGUGUGGUAUUGCUGUGAUCCCUGUUAAAUUGCCAUAUGACUUAGAAGUUAAAACACCUGCUGGGGAUCAAAGCUUAAUUACCAAUAUGGUUUACAAAAAUUGCGAGAUUUGGGUAGGAGAACGGAAGUUGGUGGGAGACUUGAUAAGUUUAAAUCUUAAGGGGUACGAUGUGAUUUUAGGCAUGGAUUUGCUGGCCCGUUAUAACGCCCAAUUGAACUGUAAAACUAAGGUGGUGGAAUUCUCGAUACCCGGAGAAGCAACUUUAAGGUUGGAUGUGAAUGGUAGGUUAGCCUCGUCUGCACUUGUUUAG